UGCCCAUCUUUUAUUUUGUAGUUUGUCCGGCCACGUGUCUGUCAACGCGGUGGAAAACUGGUGGGAGGCAUAUAAAUUGCUCGUCGCCAGUGUGGUUAGACUGGUUGGACCAUUUCGGACGACGUUUCUUAAACUAUAUCAACUCUAACGUGAUCUAAAUUUUCUCGACAAUUCUCAAGGAGAAGCUCAUAAAUCCAUCAUUCGGCAAACCCGUUUCAUCAUCGGCAGGCAAUGUCUUCAACAGAGAAAGGUUUUGCAACGACAGCAAUCCAUGCUGGACAAAAUCCUAAGCAGUGGAAUCAUCGCGCAGUUGUGCCACCUUUGGUCAUGAGCACUACUUUCCAACAGGAUGCUCCAGGGCACCACAAAGGAUAUGAGUAUGGCAGAAGCGGCAAUCCUACGCGUAACGUACUGGAAGCAUGCCUGGCUGCUUUAGAAAAUGGCAAACACGGCUUUUGCUUUUCUUCCGGAUUAGGUGCUACGACUGUCAUCAUUUCUUUAUUAGAGACAGGCGAUCAUCUCGUCGUUGGGGACGAUCUCUACGGCGGGACAAAUCGUUACAUCCAGAAGUGUAGUAAAGGCAUAAAAUUUUCUUUCAUUGACACGACUAAUGUACAAAACGUUAUAGAUGCCAUACAGCCAAAUACCAAGAUGGUUUGGCUAGAAAGUCCGACAAACCCUCUGAUGAAGCUUACAGAUAUUAAAGCUAUCGCUGACAGCUUGAAAUCUCGUCCAGACAUUAUACUAGUAGUUGACAAUACUUUUCUCACGUGCUAUUUUCAAAAGCCUCUUGAUCUGGGUGCAGACAUAGUCAUGUACUCCUUGACAAAGUAUAUGAACGGACAUUCUGAUAUUAUAAUGGGCGCCGCGAUUACGCGCCGGGACGAUCUCGCGAAGAGAUUGCGAUUUCUACAAAAUGCCAUGGGUAUUGUUCCAUCACCAUUCGAUUGCGCUAUGGUGAAUCGUGGCUUAAAAACGCUUGAACUCCGUAUGCAGAAACACAUGAAGAAUUGUUUGACCGUGGCUAAGUUUCUUGAAUCUCAUCCUUGCGUUGAAAAAGUGUUACAUCCAUAUCUCCCGUCACAUGAACAACAUGAACUCGCGCUUAGACAAACAUCAGGACACAGCGGAGUAUUCUCUUUCUAUCUGAAAGGGGAUUCUAUGCGUUUUCUGAAAGCAUUGAAAAUUUUCAGUCUGGCUGAAUCCUUAGGCGGUUACGAGUCGCUAGCCGAAUUGCCCUCUAUAAUGACGCACGCGUCCGUACCGGAAGAUGUACGAGCAAAAUUAGGUAUAACCGAUCAAUUAAUUCGUCUAAGUGUUGGAAUUGAAACUGAGCAGGAUCUCGAAGCCGAUAUCAAACAAGCGUUAGAUGCUUGUCAAUGAAUUAAUGAACGUAAUUAGAUAACCGCGAAAGUAAUAGCAAGUAUUUGUACUAAUUGUAUUAUAAAUUUGUAUACUAAUUAUAUUAUAAAUAUCGAACACCUGCAGUAUCAGUAGGUAUAUAAAGAAAGUUUAUUUUUAUAAAACUCUUUUAUACAUUCCCACAGUUCUCACAUUUACAUUAGGAACACUUGUAUAAUACAGCAAUAAUCAGAUGCUUUUUGACACACGUAA